GUGUCACAUAACAACUCUUUUUGAAAAUGACCGUCAUUUUUCUCACCUGUCUACACUAGAAAGAGAAAUGGCUUUUCGCACGGAAAUGGGUCUUUAUUAUUCCUACUUCAAGAUCAUUAUUGAGGCACCAUCAUUUUGGAAUGGAGUAUGGGCAAUUAUGAAUGACAGACUAACUGAAUAUCCUUUAGUGAUUAACACCUUACAAAGGUUCAAUCUUUACCCAGAGGUGGUCCUUGCCAGCUGGUACCGCAUGUAUACUGCUGUUAUGGAUUUCUUUGGUGUACCAACAAAGACAUGCUGGACUGUAAACAGAGGAAAAGGGCUUAGUCCUGUUGAAAGUUGCGAGGGGUUGGGAGACCCUGCUUCAUUUUAUGUUGCUGUGAUUUUUCUUUUGAAUGGAUUAAUGAUGUCACUGUUCUUCAUAUACGGUACAUACCUCAGUGGGAGCCGUCUAGGAGGCCUCAUUACCGUGAUGUGUUUCUUUUUCAACCAUGGAGAGUGCACUCGCGUCAUGUGGACUCCACCUCUUCGUGAAAGUUUCUCAUAUCCAUUCCUUGUGCUUCAGAUGUUGCUUUUGACCUAUAUUCUCAGGAUUCCGAAUAUUAAUACAGGAAGCUUGAUUGCACUGUGUGUUUCUAAUAUCUUUUUCAUGCUUCCCUGGCAGUUUGCUCAGUUUGUUCUUCUAACACAGAUAGCUUCCUUAUUUGCUGUGUGUAUUAUGGGUUAUAUUGACUCCUGCAAGUUACAGAAGAUACUCUCUGCUCAUAUGGUAUCUCUUGUAGUGUGUUUUGUUCUGAUGUUUGGUAAUUCAAUGUUAUUGACAUCAUAUUAUGCUGCAUCUUUAGUAGUUAUCUGGGGAAUUCUUGAAUUGAGUCCAAAAGUCUGGAAAAGCAGAAGAGAAGUCUAUCUAUGGGUCAUUGAAGGAUGUGCCUGGUUAUUUGGGACAGUCACCUUGAAAUACCUAACUUCUUUAGUGUUUGGAAUAGCUGAUGAUGCUCAUAUAGGAAAUAUAUUAAAAUCUAAAUUUAUUGGUUACAAGGAUUUUGAUACAUUAAUGUACACCUGUGCUGCAGAGUUUGACUUCAUGGAAAAAGAGACUCCAGUAAGAUACAUAAAGACUCUACUAUUACCAGUUGUUCUGGUGGUUUUUGGGGUAAUCAUCAAAAAGGCAAUUAAAUACCUUAGGUGGGCCUUAUCUCAGGCGGGCCAAUAUGAAAGAGAGGAACGUUUUAACCAUGGUGAGCUGGUAUACCAUGCGCUGCAGCUGUUGGCAUACAGUGUCCUAGCAAUUUUAAUCAUGAGACUAAAACUGUUUUUGACACCACAUCUGUGUGUUAUGGCUUCCUUGGUGUGUUCAAAACAGUUAUUUGGAUGGCUCUUCUGUAAAAUCCAGCCCAAAACAUUGGUCUUUGCUAUUUUAGCAUUGAUGGCAAUAGAGGGAUCAGCAAACCUUCAAACUCAGUGGAAUAUCAUGGGAGAAUUUAGCAAUUUGCCACAAGAGGAACUUUUAGAGUGGAUAAAAGUCAAUACCAGACAAGAUGCAGUUUUUGCAGGAGCGAUGCCUACGAUGGCAAGUGUUAAAUUGUCUACGCUUCGUCCUAUUGUAAAUCAUCCUCACUAUGAAGAUGCAGGAUUAAGGGCCAGAACUAAAGUAGUGUAUUCCAUGUACAGUCGAAAACCUGCAAAAGAGGUAAAAAGAGAAUUGAUAAAACUGGGAGUGAAUUACUACAUUCUGGAAGAGUCAUUGUGUGUAAGCAGAAAAAAGCCUGGUUGCAGUAUGCCUGAAAUUUGGGAUGUUGAAGAUCCUGCUAAUAGUGGAAAAAUCCCUUUAUGUACCCUUAUGAGCAAGGAUUCCAGGCCAUAUUUCAUCACAGUAUUUGAAAAUAGCAAUUACAGAGUCUUGAAGAUUCCAAAGGAAUAACAUUUCAAUGCAAAGAACCAUCUCUUUCAACUUUUUAAACUAGUAACUAUAAGAAUGCUAAAUCAGAAAUACCUUUUCUACUAGACUUAAAAUGGAAAAAUGUGUAUUUUAUUAUUUACCGUUUUAAGUGAAUUCUGAUUAUAGAAAUAUCUUAAACCUAACAGUUUGGAUUUCUAUUUCAGGGUCAGUCCCUUGAGAUUUGCUAUGCAAAUGAUUAUAUGUUUGCACAUUUUAUUUAACACUGAUCCAAAAAGAGUUAAAAGUAGCUAUGGGAAGUAACUCCAUUCUCAAAAUCAAUGAUGUUGUGAAAUGGGACUGUCAGAAUGUCUUAGCAAAGCAAGUUUGUUUAAUGCGUUGGUGCUAGCAGUGAGGAACAAAGGAAUGGUGCUAUAGCAUCUGGCAUCACAUUUCUCGUGUCACUUUCAUUACUCAUCUCCUUUCUGGAAAAGGUGAUACUAGAAAUUCUCUGAAGUCACGUAGUUUUACCAGUCAUGUCAGAGAGAAGUAAAUUUUUUCCUUGAGAGGAUUAAGAACAAUUGUCAUGUUGGAUCACUUAACACAUGCUUUUAAGCUUGCUUUUGAAAUGGAAAAGUUUGUAGGCAGACUUGAAACUUCAUUAUUUAGGUGCAUGUUCUUGGAAUCUUACUGAUAUUAAAAAAAAAAGACUAAUAAGGGUAAUAUUU